AUGUCCACCGGCUGGAAUCUGUUCCGUCAAGCUCAGACGUUGUACGCCCGAGGCGAUGCCGAUGGGGCCUUUGAGCGCUACCAGAAAGCUAUCAUGAAGAUCGUGAGGGAUGAGAACGUUAUGAGGCGGUUACCCAUAUCUAGCGACGCGUUUCCUGAUGAUAUCUUUCCGACGCAGACUCUGGGCGCAGCAUGGAGGAACUUUAUUGCUUUGUUCAGGGACCCAGCGCUGGGUAAGACCAGGGGUGCCUUCCGUCCCACUUCCACCACGCAGGACCACCCUCGUUUUUUCACCAAGAAAGCCAGGCUCUACCUGAAGGGCAUGCAAAUCAGCGCGGGGCUGACGCUCGGGCUGCUCGCCUGGGAGGAGAAGGACCGGCCGACCGCCAUGAAACGACUCCGUGAGGCUCUAGAACUCGCCGCCACCCACCCACCGUACUAUGACCUCGCUAAGGUGCGUCAGCCUUGGGACCGCUUCGUCUACAUGGACGUGAAGGCUGUGCGGGACAACCUCGCGGUGGUGUUCCAGAACGACCAUGAGAACGAACAGCUGCUGGAGAUGUACGGUGUGGAAGGCUGGGAUAUGUGGAAGGAAGUGCUCGGUGUAGGGUACGUCAGGUAUGAGGUGGAUGGGGGGAUUACGUUCAAGAGGAACGUGAUGGUCGCGUCGGAUGCAUGGGCGGCGCGUGAGAGGUUCGAUGUGAAGCUGUGCAAGUGUAGCCCCCGCAAGGAGGUUGCUUGUGGUGCAUGUAUUUUUGCAUGGUUUUUGCUCGUCUGUGCAAAUCGUUUCCUCAGAUUGUGGAGCCCGAGGUUAGAGGAGGUGAGUUCAAUUGUUUUCUAG